AUGGGAUUGAAGAAACUAAUAAUCCCGGCGCUGGCGAAAAGAAGCUUGAAGAACUACAUUCCACGAAUCACGGAGAUAGCAGAGAAUGCGCUGGAUGACUGGGUGGACAAGGAGUCCAUUGUGUUUGUGGAAGAGGCCCAAGUUCUCUUCUCCACCUUCAUCGCAGAAGCGGUGGUGGGCAUGAGUUUCCCUUUGGGACCUUGGGCAAGGAAGGACGUCUACGCAGCUCUUAAGAGCCUCGGCCAUGGGUUGUUCUCAUUUGGUAUCAACAUGCCUUUCACCAAGUUUGGAAAGGCUAUGGCUGCAAGAGAGUCUCUCCUGGGGAUGAUACGCCUG